AUGUCUCUGCUUCAGUCCUCUGCAUCCACUCUCCCCUCACCCGCUCCCCAGCAGCCCUCCCCUCCCCGAAAGCGUACUUCUUCCUUCUGCUACCCCAGCCCAGCCUUGUCACCCAACCCAAGGCCCGUUAAAGCUCAACGCACAGAGCCUCCUGCACAAAUGGGCUCCUUACGCCGCACAGAGACGCUGCUGGUCUUGCCCACCAUGUCCACAACGGCUUCCUCAUCCACCACCCCAACGCCACCUGCCCCUGUACCCUACCACCGUACGCUGCAGUACUACAAAGACCAGCGCCAGCGCCGCAAACGCGCCGCCGAUGUACCCACUACACACAUAGAUCCUCCCCAUGUCAAUCACGUUGCUCCGCAGCAGCAAGUCCAGCCUUCGCCCCAUUCACAGCCUCAGCCCGCACCACAGAGAACUGGGAGAUCAAGAACGCCACGUCGCCAGCAGCAACCACCAUGCCCAUUACUCACACAAAUCAUCCUCCCCUCCGUAUCUAAUCCCGUCGUUCAGAUUCGCACAUUCCGCUCCUCCUCUCCACUAUCACCCACCCGCACCGCCCUCCCCGGCCGCCCAGUCUUCCCCCGCUCAAAGGCGGAACCAGACCUAUACCGCAAAGCUAUCAUCACGCGCAUGCGAUGUUCCCCAGAGGGCCGGAAGAUUCUGCACAUGGGCCCGAGGCUCGCGCUGUCCAUCAUGACCGCAACCAAGGAGCUCGAACGUAUCGUUGCGGAUCAGCACGAGAAGGACGGGGAUGUGGUCAUGGCUGAUGUCACUGUUGCGGAUGCACCCCCAGCCCCAACAUCCCUGGCUCCGCAGCAACUGAAGGGGUGCAGUGCCCUCCCGGUGUUGACCAACUCUUGGGUCGUUGUCAAGGGUGACGAUUGGGAGAUGUUGGCGCUGCCGUUGACUCGAGAAAUGUCUGACUGCGGGCGGGCGCAGAAUGACGUAUUUAGGCGUUUGAAGACGAGUACAGGGAUAAUGGGUAACAAGAUGAGGCUGUACGCUGCACCACGCGCCCUUGCUUGGUACACGUAUGCUCCGUCGGCCGCGCUGGAGUUCGAGUCAGUGACUACGCCCCGUGUUGUUGUAUGCCACCUGCGUGACGCGUCGCACCGAGCAGUUGAUAGUUAUUCAGUCGGACCGGGUUUUGGUAGAUGGUACGUAUCGAACUUCUGGAGUGCGCCGGGAAAACUUGCGAACUCGUGGAGCCUGGAGUGUGGUAUCUAG